AUGCUUGUCAAGGAAUAUCGAAUCCCACUUCCGCUCACUGUCGAUGAAUUCCAUAUCGGUCAAUUGUAUGCGGUGUCGGCGUGUAGUCGAAACGAGACGGGCGGCGGCGAGGGCGCCGAGUUUCUCAAACAAGAAGAUUUCACGAGUACGAGUAUUCUACCGGGAAAGAAGCUCACCGGAAUUUAUACAUACAAAAUCUAUCGAUUGCGCUCAAAAGCACCAUGGGUACUGCAAAAACUUCUACCUCCAGAGGCAUUCGAGAUCCACGAAGAGAGCUGGAAUGCCUAUCCCUACUGUAAAACGGUACUAACGAAUCCGGGAUACAUGAAGAACAAUUUUAUGCAAACAAUUGAGACAAUUCAUCUAGCUGACAACGGACAAUCGGAAAAUCCGCUAAACGCGCCGAAAAACCGCGAAAUUGUGUAUAUCGACAUUUGCGACGAGAAAAUCUACGGAAGAAAUGGAUAUAAUAAGCAGCGCGAUCCGACGAUAUUCAAAUCGAAAAAAACCGGCCGCGGACCACUAGAGGACGAAUGGAUCGACAACCAUGAACCGAUCAUGUGCGCCUAUAAGCUGGUGUCGAUCCACUUCAAAUGGACCGGCUUCCAGACGCUCAUCGAGAAGACGAUUCACAAACAAUACCCGAAGGUGUUCGGCAUAUUCCAUCGCGACGCCUACGCGUGGAUCGAUGUGUGGCACGACAUGAGUCUCGAGGAUAUUCGACGAUUCGAGGAGGAGACCGCGCAGAUCCUUCGGAAACAAAUCGAGGAGCCGGAGAAGCGCGGAACGAAUUGCGACGAUGAUAACAACAACAAAUGA